AGACCAGGGAAAUUCCUUUGAUGACGUGUCUGGCGUGGCGAAGAAGAUGGGUAUGCAGUCACUACGUUCUGUAUUUGUUAAGAACAUCCAUCACCGAGGACUGGCGAUACAAAGAUCACACUGAUGGCGACUAUGAUGAACCCAAGAGACCCAGGAGAGAGUCAGAGACUGUCUGUGCUUUUGUCAAGGUAUAUAGACAGGAAAGUUGGCGCAGAGGAGGGUGUUGGUUGCAGGAUGAAAGCACAGCUCUUACAUGAAAGUGUACACAAUGCUGGUUGUGGUAACGUAGAGGUGUUUCGUGUUGGAUUUGAUGGGACGAGUACGGACGUAUCUUCAGACACUGAUGUCAUGUUUGUGGACAAACUGGUUGUGGUUUUAUUACCAGGACAAAGUAUUCCUGUAGACAGUAUGCACAAGACUGUCCUUUACAUUAAAGAUACUGACUGCCCACCUGGGUACAGGUUCUUACAGCUGGGUCACCUGGGAGAAAAUUACAAUGGCUGGUUAACCAAAUCACUUGUUUCUGUUGGAGACACAAAGUUUGUAGGCAGUGAGAUGUAUAGAAGCCAAACUGUAGAUAUUGUAAAGGGUUACACGACAAGAAUGGAGGCUAUAUCGAAACAAUCAGUAUCCCCCCUUGCAGCUACAGCCAGGUCUUUGGAUGUGAUUGUUUGUCUAAAGUGGGAUAGCUGGCCUUGGGAGGCCUAUGAAUGGACAACUCGUACUCGUUUGUAUGGGUGGCCUUCUAGAAAACUGGUGGACAGGAUUAUGCACGAUGGUUGUGAGCUUUUGCCAAUUGGAGACAAUAAUUCCGUGGAUCCGUUUUUGCUGUGGAAGAUAUCCUUUGCAGCAGCAGAGAGAAGUCUAGUUCACUCACUAACUAACAUUCAAUGGAAAGUAUAUCUUCUGCUAAAAUAUCUCUUGCAACAAAUCAAACAGACAUUGAACGAAAUUAUGGGAAAUGAUGAUAUACUGAACUCCUAUUUCAUGAAAACUGCUAUAUUUUUUGCAGUUGAAAACUCUCAUCAAAGCUUUUGGCAAGAACAGAAUUUGUUUUUCUGUUUUUGGUUUUGCUACAACAUAUUGUUAUCUUGGGUAAAUUCGGGCUACUGCCCAAAUUUCUUCGUUCAAGCCAAAAACAUGUUUAGUCGACCGGUUCAUGUACAAAAUCAGGCGAAGUUAUUUCAAAUUCUAAACGAAUUUCACCAGAGAAAAUGGAUGUGUCUGUCCGUUGUGAAAUUCUUUGGGCCAUCCAUCUUAGAACAAUUAUCAAUUGACAGGGUACAACAUGAUUUGUUACGCCCUCAAACAUCAGAAAGCAUUGAAUGGCAGCAUGAUGUAGGCAUAAUGGAAUGUUUGAAAAUGGAUGCCACGAUAAAUAGCACUUCAAAAACAGGGAUGCAGAUGUGUAAGGCAGUGGAUUUACUUCUUAAGUCGCAGUCAGAGGACGAUGAAUGUUUUGCCUACCACAAGACAUGCGUUACACUCUCCACAAUGGCAAUGGAAAUGUAUCCAGAUUGCAUGGUUGCUACUGGCAACAAGGCCAAAUACAAAAGUCUGAAAAAAUGUAAGUACUUGCUUUUACCAAGAGCUUCUAUUGGCACAGAUCUCUUGUAUCUGGCAACUUUUCACUUCCAUUCAGGAUCCUACAGAAAAGCACUAGAGAUUUGUAGACAGGCAAUGCCAAAUUGUUAUUUUGACAUAUCUGCACUCAAUCAAAGACAAGCAACAAGAUACCUACGUGAAUUCUGUGGUAAAGGAUUUAAUUUGUACCACAAACUGAGGAUGACAUAUACACCGGAACUUAAAUUAGAAGAACAGUUCUGCCUUCCACACUUUCACCUAGAGAUUUCAAAAUGCCCUAUUGGCAUGCCUUUACCUCCGCUACCAUAUGCUGUCUUCCUGUCCUUCCUGUGUUACCACGAGCUCAAGGACACAGGAGGACGUGAUGCAGCAUUACGUGACAUGAUAGUAGUCAAGUACGAUGAGCAGCAAGGAGGACACGGACACUGGAUAGUGCACACUCUUCUCGGAAUAUGUUAUCAAACGGUAGGAGACAAUCGCAGAGCUAUUAAGGCUUUCAUGGACUCCAUCAGUUCACCUGCAGUUUUACAAGAGUAUAACCCCGCCAAAGAGAGGCUAGAUGCCAUACAAAGGUCUUGACUCUGGGAAGAGCUCAAAGAGAAAACAUGACUGUUUCUAGUGGUGCAAGAGAUUAAGCGCUUCGAUCAAAUAAAUCUUACUCGUGAAAACGUGUAUUCAAUUUAAUUGAUGUAUCGGAAACUGACUUGAUGCUUAAAUCAGGAAUGCAUUAAUGUCAAUGUUUAGUACCGGGACCUGUAUUCAUGAAACCAUGCUGAUGCUCCAACACUUGUUCUGUUCUUUAGCUCAAUCCCUUGUUAAAGUAAUGUACUUUUCAAGUUUAAUAUUAAAAAACCCUAAAAAUUGAAAGAACUUUUUGGAAUACUUGAAAUAUAAUUUUCAAUGUUCAGGUUAAAUUUUCGACCAGAUCGCAUGCUUUCAGGGGGUACAAGAAAACAUGUUGGAACACAUAAGAAUGAGAAAUGGUUCAGAAAUAAGGCCAUGAAUGUGGUAGUAGCAAUCCUAGAGUAGACAUAAGAGUGAGGUACGAUAUGUGAGUGAAGAAAGCUCUUUUAUAAACAUGCCUUUGUGUAGCAUGUUUGAUGGGGCUGUGCUGUUUUGAACGUAAUUGUCGAUCGAUUUUCAGAUUGAUUUGUAUUUGUUCAAAUAAAACACAGUCACCAUUAUAAUGUCAUGUCCUUUUUAAAGAUAAUGGUUAUGACCUAGUCAUGGAUCCCAAUAUCACCCACCCAUCGUACCGAUCGGAAUAAUAAGAUAGCCACCAGGUAGCCGUCUAGAAUUCGACAGUUCAGAUUUGUUAUCACUUAUUUGCAGGAGGCACUGGACUCAUCUUUCUCAAAUCGUAUUACACAAUUAUGUUUCUUUAGGUCAUUAGUUGGGCAUAUUUCAUUUUGAGACUAACUUGCAGAAUAAGAUAGCCACUUUGCACCCACAUUGGAUUUUCAUCCUCAUGUAGGUUCCACUUUAUCCUCAGAUUUAGUUUUCAUUUUUUUUAUUAGACAGAUUUGGACGAAAAAGAUGGCUGCAAGAGGGCUAUAUUGGAUUUUGAUUGAUGUCGCUAUUUUCCAGGAAGCACUAGACAGAUCUUUCUCUGAUUAAAUUUCAUGUAGAGGUUCCGGUUUAUAUUCUUAGAUGGACAUGUGCAUGUUUGAUUGUUUUGAUAAUGGUAAGAAUAUGGCAACCACGCAGUCAUCAGGGGUUUAAGCAGUUAAAGCUUGUUACAGAUAUUUUUCAAGACCAACUGAACGGAUCUUUCCCCAAUUUCGUAAGCUAUUCCCUUAUGAGUGGGAACUCGUACUCAACGAUUUUAUGUAACCACGAACUAGUUUGUCAAGAAACCACGAAUUGGGACCCCGUGAAAAUAUCUUAUUUCACAAUAUUUAUUUUCAAUAUCAGCAAUCCUUGAUAUGAAGCAAUACAUCAUCAGAAAUAACACAUGAUGACGUAACGAUGACGUACGUGAAAUGGAACAGAAUUUCAUUUUUUGCCAAAUUAUGAAUGUUGUAUGUCCUUUGUUUUCUCAAGAAGUUCUUCGAAUAUCUUUUUAACAAAGAAAAGGUUUUUUUAUCAGAAAUAAAGGGCAUAUUUGUCUCGGCUCAAGAUAAUUGAGUCUGAGUGUCUAUGUCUUUUAGAUACCUAGUUAGAAAAGUAAUAUGAAUAGACAUGCAUUUUCUCUUACUUUCCACCUCCCACUUUGACUUGUUUUCAAUUCACUUAAUAUCAAUGAAAUGUGUUGUAUGUCAUCUUUUCCUCAAAAUGCCCCUGUAAUAUCUUAUAAACAGAAAUAAAUGACUCAUUUUUCUC